GGUGACAGCGGGCCGGGACAGUCGGCCGCCGCUGCCUGCUGCGCGAAGGGACCGCCGGGCAACACAGAACAGGCGGUGAACCAUGGAGGCUGGUUCAGUCGUUCGCGCCAUCUUUGACUUUUGCCCCAGCGUAUCAGAAGAACUUCCGCUCUUUGUGGGCGAUGUCAUUGAGGUGUUGGCAGUAGUGGACGAAUUUUGGCUUCUAGGAAAGAAGGAGGAUGUUACAGGACAGUUCCCCAGCAGUUUCGUGGAAGUUGUGACCAUUCCCAGUCUCAAAGAGGAAGAAAGGCUGUUUGUCUGCAUCUCUGAAUUUACAUCCCAAGAGCUAAACAGUCUUCCUCUCCACCGAGGUGACCUGGUGAUUCUCAGUGAUGCUACUCCCACUGCAGGCUGGCUGCAGGGCCGCAGCUGCUGGGGCUCCCGGGGCUUCUUCCCAUCCUCGUGUGUUCGAGAACUCUGCCUCUCCUCCCAGAGCCAGCAGUGGCACUCACACAGUGCACUGCUUCAGAUUCCUGAGUACUCCAUGGGACAAGCGCGAGCCCUCAUGGGGCUUUCUGCUCAGCUGGAUGAGGAAUUGGACUUCAGGGAGGGGGAUGUGAUUACCAUUAUUGGAGUUCCUGAGCCAGGCUGGUUUGAAGGGGAGUUAGAAGGUCGAAGAGGCAUAUUCCCAGAAGGUUUUGUAGAGCUUUUGGGGCCCCUCAGGACUGUGGAUGCGCCAAUAACUUCGGCAAAUCAAGAUGACUGUGUUGGUAAUGGUGACGUGGAUAUCCCCCUAGGAGAAGAAGAGAAGGGGCCAGAGGAGGAGGUUGAGCAGUCUGGGGCCUAUGGAAUUGCCCUCUAUAGAUUCCAAGCUCUGGAACCCAAUGAGUUGGAUUUUGAAGUGGGGGACAAAAUUCGAAUUCUGUCAACCUUGGAAGAUGGUUGGCUAGAAGGAUGCCUAAAGGGCAGAACAGGCAUCUUUCCUUACCGCUUUGUAAAGUUAUGUCCCAAUGCUAGGACAGAAGAGGCCAUAGCUCUGUCCCAGGAAGGUAGCUUUACCAAAACCCCAGAAAGUUCUUGGGAUGCUUCAGAGAGCUCUGUAGUAGUGGAGGAACCAGGACAUGAAUCUUGUGAACACAAUGAAGAAAAGACCAGUUAUCUUCUUCCUGAGACCUCUGCUGCUCCCCUCAAUCAUCUGACUCCUGAAUAUGAUAUAAAUGAGAACUCCAGUCAAGAAGAAGUUACCUCAGGCGAGCUCCCUGGAAGUCCUGGUACAGAGCUCGAAAAGCCUCUUCCUAAAGCCUAUGACAUGACUGAUCAUUUGGAGGCAGUCAAUGGUGUUUCUUCCCAACCUCAGGUACCUUUUCAUCCCAAAUUUCAGAAAAAUCAGUAUUAUUCUACAGCAGAAGGGAGCCAUCAAAGCUUAGAACAGUUUUCUGACCUUCUUCCUGUAGAAGCCAGGACUAGAGACUACUCUACCCUGCCUCCCAGAGGAACGUUUGCCCAGCGGAGCUCCCUAAAGAAGCUCCAGGGCCCCAUUCACAGGGGCUCCUCCUUUACAGCCUCGAGGGUAACCAGGCCCACUCAGUUGAAUCCUCAGUUCCAGGGCAUAGCAAAGUAUGCUAAGAAGCACCACACAUGCAAAGAAAAUGCCUCUAGCUUCUGCUGCACAUCAGCAAGAUCCGAAAGAAAACCUGGUCCCCAAGUCAAGGGUCCCAGCAGGGCGGGAACAGUGCUUCCACAAGGAGAUGGCAGCAUUGACCUGGAUUCCAAGUUGACACAACAGCUGAUGGAAUUUGAAAAGAGCCUGUCCAUGUCUGCCACAGAGCCGGAUAAAAUCUUACGCCAGUUUUCAAUUAUGGACUUUAACUCUGAAAAGGAUAUUAUCCGAGGUUCCUCAAAAGUAAUCCCUUCACAGGACCUAACUGAGAGGAGAAAAGCCUUAAGACCCCCACCACCCCGACCCUGUACUCCAACAUCUAUGUCCCCCCACUUGCUGGUUGAUCAGAGCCCCAAACCUCCACCCCCAUUGCCUGUGCGGCCUUCUCGCCCAGCUCCCCUGCCUCCUUCUGCACAGCAAAGAGUGAAUGCAGCUUCUCCCAACCCCUCUUCCUGUCACCAUCCUUGUUAUAAGACUCUAGAAAAGGAGGGCCCUGAGCACGUGGAGCAGAGUCUGGGUCAGACCUCCCCCUGUCCCUUAGUCCUGGUGAGGAUUCAGGAAAUGGAGCAGGAUCUGGAUGUGUGCACCAGAGCUCAAGAAAAGCUGAGCCAGAUGCUGGAGGAGAACCAGGAUGACGCCGUAAGGGUAGAGACCCUUGAGAACCUUGAGUACUAUGAGAGGAACAUUGAAAGUCUGAACCUGGGACUCCAGCAACUGAGAGAAAUAACACUCCUCUCCUCACAGUCUUCAUCCCUGGUGGCCCCUUCUGGGUCUCUAUCCUACGAAAACCCAGAGCAGAGAAUGCUGGAAAAGAGAACCAAAGUGGUAGAAGAACUUCUUCAGACGGAAAGAGACUACAUCCGGGAUCUAGAGAUGUGCAUUGAGCGGAUCAUGGUGCCCUUACAGCAGGCACAGGUACCAAACAUUGAUUUUGAGGGACUUUUUGGAAAUAUGCAGAUGGUGAUUAAAGUCUCAAAGCAAUUAUUAGCAGCCCUGGAAAUCAGCGAUGCUGUAGGACCUGUGUUUCUUGAUCACCGGGAUGACCUGGAGGGAACAUACAAGGUUUACUGCCAGAAUCACGAUGAGGCCAUUUCCCUGCUGGAAAUGUAUGAGAAGGAUGAAAAGAUCCAGAAGCAUCUUCAGGACUCCUUGGCCGACCUGAGGAGCCUGUAUAAUGAAUGGGGAUGCACCAAUUACAUUAACUUGGGCUCCUUCCUCAUCAAACCUGUACAGAGAGUAAUGCGCUACCCACUGUUACUAAUGGAGUUGCUGAAUUCCACCCCAGAACUCCAUCCAGAUAAAGUGCCUUUAGCCAACGCGGUCCUUGCUGUCAAGGAAAUCAACGUUAACAUUAAUGAAUAUAAACGUCGAAAGGAUCUGGUGCUCAAGUACCGUAAGGGGGAUGAGGACAGCCUUAUGGAGAAGAUUUCCAAACUGAACAUCCACUCCAUCAUCAAGAAGUCCAACCGAGUGAGCAGUCACCUGAAGCACCUCACGGGCUUCGCUCCGCAGAUAAAAGAUGAGGUAUUUGAAGAAACAGAAAAGACCUUCCGAAUGCAAGAAAGAUUGAUUAAAUCCUUUAUCCGAGACCUAUCCCUCUACCUCCAGCAUAUCCGGGAAUCGGCAUGUGUGAAAGUGGUGGCCGCCUCAAGCAUGUGGGACCUGUGUGUGGAGAGGGGACACCGCGACCUGGAGCAGUUUGAAAAGGUGCAUCGUUACAUUAGUGACCAGCUCUUCACCAAUUUCAAAGAGAGGACAGAACGACUUGUCAUCUCUCCUUUAAAUCAGUUACUGAGCAUGUUUACAGGACCCCACAAGCUGGUGCAGAAGCGUUUUGACAAGCUCCUGGACUUCUACAACUGCACAGAACGAGCAGAGAAGUUGAAGGACAAGAAAACCCUGGAGGAGCUGCAGUCAGCCCGGAACAACUACGAGGCCCUGAACGCACAGCUGCUGGACGAGCUGCCCAAGUUCCAGCAGUACGCCCAGGGGCUCUUCGCCAACUGCAUCCAUGGCUAUGCCGAAGCCCACUGCGACUUUGUGCAGCAGGCACUGGAGCAGCUGCAGCCCCUGCUUUCCUUACUCAAAAUUACUGGCAGAGAUGGAAACCUGAUCGCCAUCUUCCUUGAAGAGCACAGCAGGGUUCUGGAGCAACUCCAGGUCUUCACUUUCUUCCCCGAGCCUCUUCCAGCUACCAAGAGGCCAUUUGAGAGGAAAACCAUAGAUCGCCAGUCUGCACGGAAGUCGCUCCUGGGCCCGCCAGGUUACAUGCUGCAGUCCGAAGAGCUGCGCGCUUCGCUCCUGGCGCGGUAUCCCCCUGAUAAACUCUUCCAAGCAGAACGGAACUUCAAUGCUGCUCAGGACUUGGAUGUGUCCCUGUUAGAAGGUGACCUGGUGGGCGUGAUCAAAAAGAAGGACCCCAUGGGCAGCCCGAACCGCUGGCUGAUUGACAAUGGAGUUACCAAAGGCUUCGUGUACAGCUCCUUCCUAAAGCCCUACAAUCCACGCCACAGCCACUCGGAUGCCUCUGUGGGCAGCCACUCCUCCACUGAGUCAGAGCACAGCAGCCCCUCCCCCCGGUUCCUUCGGCAGAACAGCAGCAGCGCCUUGACCUUCAACCCCAGCAGCAUGGCUGUGUCCUUUACCUCAGCUUCUUGUCCAAAGCAGCCUCAAGAUGCACCUUCCUUGAAAGAGUGUGACCAAGGAACUCUUGGUACAUCCUUGAACCUGGGUAGCCCCGAGAGUGGACCUUCUGGGGACUCUGUCGAUGCAGCCAGUGUAAGGGGCUGCUCCCGAAGCUCCAGGCAUCCGGAGGUUGGUCACUCCGGACCAGGGCGAAAUGGGCACGGUAAAGACCUCACGAAAGGUUGCGCAACAGCAGCCCAGGCUCUGGAGGACAAAUAUGAAGAACCAGAAAGCAGCGAGGCAGAAGGCAGCCAGGUAUAUUUUGCUGUUUAUACCUUCAGAGCACGAAACCCAAAUGAGCUGAGUGUGUCAGCCAAUCAGAGACUCAAGAUCCUUGAGUUUAAAGAUGUUACUGGCAAUGCGGAGUGGUGGUUGGCUGAAGUUAAUGGGAAGAAGGGCUACGUCCCAUCCAGUUAUAUCCGCAAAACUGAGUAUACCUGAGCCUGUGGUGCCUUCCACUCGACCUUAGUGCCGCCUUUGCUUUCCGUCUGCUGAAAGGUUCUGGUGGGCCGCCGACCAGCGCCUGGUGUGAAGACGCAGGCCCUGCUGCGCUGCUUAACGUGACUGGUGGAGAGUAAGACAAGUUGUGUUCUCUCCAAUUAUAAAUCUUGAGGCUUCCUAGAGUUUCUAGAAUUUGAAGUGGACCCUGGGACUUGCAAAUGAUUUAGUGACCACGGGGCGAAAGGCCAGGGCUGGGUCAGCCUUUGGAAGUGAGAAAUUUCCGCUCAGAGCGCCAGUGUUCUGUGUCUGCAGAGAGCUGGGCUAGCGCCGUUUGUUCCAUACUGAGGCUGGGGUGGCCCCGUGCUCCUGGUCAGCUGAUCAGAAACUGACUUGGAUGGGGCAGGUCACAUUUUGGCAUGUGGCAAAGAAUUUGCUAGGAUGGCAUGAAGCCUUGCGUUUCGGAGCUUCUGAGAUACCUCUAUUGUCCCACACACUUUUCUUUUCCCACACCUAAUUUCUAAAGUUCCUAAAAUAUUCAUUUUUUUCAUUUCACUUUAUUCCUUGAUUGGCUAUACAAAAUUCUAUUUUCUCCUUUCUUCUUCUAAGAAGCUUCUUCCAAGAAGUUUCUAAGAAGCUUUCUUCUAAGAAGUAGCUAGGGUUUUUAUUUUCUUUUGACCUUUUAUCUGAAGGAUUCUCUUUCCUUUUAGAGAUAGUCAUCUGCCC